UUUUCGUGAACACGAGUCUUCAUUAAUGUUUGUUGUCAUGAAGUGUCAUUCGGUAAAUAACACUUUUAAACCAAAGUUGUAUUAAAACUUACAUUAAAAGUCCAUCAAAAGUGCAAACUUUGCAUUACAAAUGUCUUUAUGUAUGACAGUCAGUCUUAUACACACCCCUUCAAUUAAAGUGUUACCGAAAUAUUCGUGUUAGCAUAAGUGUCGGCGAAUGAGGUGAAAUGAAUGUUGACUUCAGGCGUUUGUAAGAUUAUUCACCAAAGAGGAAACACUACAGUAGCUUCCCUUGGUUAAUAGCAUUAGCUGCUACACAGAGAGCUGGAGGGAUUGGUGAGGGUCUCUGCCGCCCUCUGGUGAUGGAGGUGGGGAAUGCAGCCUGCUGCCUCCCGCCUGCCUCUCCUCUCUCCUCUCUGCUCCCCCUCGCUGUGAAUGAAAGCAGAUUCUCAGGUAUGCUUUCACCCACAGUUGCUCUCUUUUGGCCGCCAGCAGCAUCCACCGAGCCAGGGGACCGGAAGCGCUGGAUGUGGGGGACAAUUUAAAGGACUUUGAAGGCAGGGAAACAUUAAAGCAUCUCAUUAUGGCGACUAUAGGAGACUUCGACCCUCUAAACUCCACUGUACCUGCGACCAAAAUUGAAGUCACCGUAUCCUGCAGAAACCUUUUGGACAUGGACACCUUCUCCAAGUCAGAUCCAGUGGUCGUAUUGUACGUUCAAGGUCUGGGUACAAAAGAGUGGAGAGAGUUUGGCCGAACUGAGGUGAUUGAAAACACCCUGAACCCAGACUUUGUGAGGAAGUUUGUUCUUGAUUACUUCUUUGAAGAGAAACAAAACCUUCGCUUUGAUGUGUACAAUGUGGACAUGAGGAGCUGCAAUCUGUCCAAACAUAAGGACUUUCUGGGUCAGAUAUUCUGCACUCUUGGAGAGAUCAUUGGCUCCCCCGGCGGCAGACUGGAAAGGACGCUCUCUGGGAUACCUGGGAAGAAGUGUGGCUCCAUCGUCUUCACAGCCGAAGAGCUCAGCAACUGUCGGGACAUAGCCACCAUGCAGUUCUGUGCCAACAAGCUGGAUAAAAAGGAUUUCUUCGGCAAGUCCGAUCCUUUCCUUGUCUUCUAUCGGAGCAAUGAAGAUGGAACGUUCACAAUUUGCCACAAGACUGAGGUGAUCAAGAACAAUCUGAACCCUGUCUGGCAGUCAUUCACCAUCCCUGUUCGAGCUCUUUGUAACGGUGACUAUGACAGGACAGUGAAGGUGGACGUUUAUGACUGGGACAGAGAUGGGAGUCAUGACUUCAUCGGAGAGUUUACCACCAGCUACAGGGAACUGUCCAGAGGCCAAAGCCAGUUCAAUGUCUAUGAGGUUUUGAAUCCUAAAAAAAAAGGAAAGAAGAAGAAAUAUGUCAAUUCAGGGACGGUGACUCUCCUGUCUUUUAAAGUGGAGUCGGAACACACAUUUGUCGACUACAUCAGAGGAGGGACACAACUGAAUUUCACGGUGGCAAUAGACUUUACUGCGUCCAAUGGAAAUCCUUCCCAGCCCACUUCUCUGCACUACAUGAGCCCAUACCAGAUGAAUGCGUAUGCCAUGGCCCUGAAGGCUGUGGGGGAGAUCAUUCAGGAUUACGACAGUGACAAGCUCUUCCCUGCAUACGGCUUUGGGGCUAAACUACCUCCAGAUGGCAAGAUCUCCCAUGGCUUCCCACUGAAUUCUAACACAGAGAAUCCAAACUGUGUGGGGAUUGAAGGCGUGCUGGAGGCUUACUUCCACACCCUGCGAACCGUCCAGCUGUACGGCCCGACCAACUUCGCUCCGGUCAUUAACCAGGUGGCUCGGUGCGCCGCAGAAGUGACGGAUGGCUCGCAGUACUUUGUGUUGCUGAUGAUCACAGAUGGCGUCAUCUCAGACAUGGCUCAAACUAAAGAGGCGGUUGUCAAUGCAGCGGCGCUGCCCAUGUCUCUCAUCAUCGUGGGAGUGGGCCCUGCCGAGUUCGACGCGAUGGAGGAGCUGGAUGGGGACGAAGUCAGAGUGUCCUCCAGGGGACGAUUCGCCGAGAGAGACAUCGUCCAGUUUGUUCCUUUCCGGGACUACAUCGAUCGGUCGGGUAACCAGGUCCUGAGCAUGGCUCGGCUGGCUAAGGACGUCCUGGCAGAAAUCCCCGAUCAGCUGAUGUCUUACAUGAAGAGCCGGGGGAUUGAAGCACGACCUCCGCAGCCCGCCACCUCUGACCCCAACUCUGACCCCAACUCUGACCCCACCAGCACUGGAACUACAAAGCAGAGCAACACUCGUCCCUGACUGAGAGCAACAAGCAGUGAAGAGCAGGAGCUAGCUUGAGCAAAUGGCCGUGUGUGUGUGUGUGUGGGCGUGUGUGUGUGUGUGUGUGUCCACUUCUGCAUGCAUGUGUGAGUGUGUAAGAUGUGCAACUUCAGGGUUGGUUGGCAUAAACCAAAUCAGUAAACUGAGCCUAAAAGAGA